AGGCAGAAACAAGCCCAACCUUUUCCACCCACCGCACCGCGGGACUUCGUUCCCAUUGAUUGUGCGCUCAAAAUGAGGAUGAGCCUGAGACCACCAUGGCCUCGCCGCCAACCCAAAAUGAUGCCCCCGUCAUCAAUCCCCUUCGCUCCCUCCAUUCCCUGAAUUCCCCUGCCCCCAUCACCAUCACCAUCAUCACCCUCACCCAUCACCACCAGACUCAUUGCCCAUCGCCCUUUUCUACGAGAAAGGCCACGAGUACCCACCCCUGGAUCUACGGAGACAGAACACCAAUACUUCGCAUCGCGCACUUGGUCAGUCACUUUGCUCGACUCAGUCACUAGCCGGCUUGGCCAGCAGAGCCACCUCUGCCCGCCCGACCCAACCCUACUACGUACAACAUUCCGCAGUAUCCGUCAGCUUGCCAUCGUCGUCAGCAUCUUCACUUUCCCCUAACCCAUCUCGACGAGGACUCCAUUGUCGACUUUUUUCUCCACGUACCAUGGCCCCGUCUACUAAACCAGCCGACGGUCGGCGGAAAUCCAGCGGCAAGACGCUCGUCGUCACGCUGAGGGUCAAUGCCGACAAGCUACGCGACAUUCUACCCGCCAGCGACACGACGACGCCCGCUGCCGACGAGGCCAAGCCGUCCCCGGCCUCGUCCACCGACAGCAAGCCACUCCAGCCUGUCGAGAUUGACUCGAACACCGCGACACCCCAGCCUGAUGGCACGCCUCAGCCUGGCGCCAUGGGCCCUCCUGGCGACGGCCCCAAGAAGAAGGGUGUGAAGCGUGCUGCGCAGGCCAAUGGCGACUCAAUGUCACAGAAGCAAAAGGGCAAGCCGGGCCCCAAGAAGAAGCCGCGUCUUGAGGAUGGAACCAUCGACCACGCUGCCAAACCUGCCGCGCACAAGCUCGGCCCCAAGGCCAACCAGGGCGCCAUCAACGCCGGUCUACGCGCCCUCGACCGCUCCGGCAAGCCGUGCCGCCGGUGGCAAAAGGGUGGCUUCAAGCUCAAGAGCUUCACCGGCGUCAUGUGGGAGAUUCCUCGCUGGGAGGCGCCCCCCAAGAAAGCCCCCGAGUCGACGACGGAAGACUCCGCCGCCGCCUCGGCGGCCGACAGCAGCAUCAAAGAGAACAAGGAGAACGCUGCCGGCGAGACGAGUGCUGCCAACAGCAACAGCGGCGUCGAUGCCGAGAUGCCCAGCGCGCCCCCGAGCAACCACGCCUCGUCGCCGGCGCCCAUGGCCAUCACGGCGGCCUCCUAGAACGGGGCUUCCGCGCAGGCCUCUGCUGCCUUGCAGACAUAUCAUCGUUGAAUUUUCUACAGGAGUUGAGUCAGGCUCCGACUCCAUGUUCAUACUACAUCACGCUCUUACUUUGGAGCAUUUUGACGCUUCCAGAUUAUGGUUGCUGGCGUUCAGGAUUGGUUGCGGCGGACUACGCAUCUCGCAUUACACGCAAGGAGUUUCGGUUGUCAGGCAUGCUAGAUUAUCAGUGUAACAAUGUCGGGUAAUAGAUGGAUGGAUGGAUGGGUGGGAGGGCGUGGGACGCUCGUUCAUAGCCUUGGUGGCAAGUCGCAGUCAAAGCAAUCUUGGAAGAGCAUUUUCAU